GUCAACAAACUUUUCCCAUUGCUUACUGUGCAUUUCCUUGCCAAGCUGCACACGUGUAAUAUUACAAUGGAUCCAGCUGCAGCUGAGCUCCAUAGGCCAUAAUACGCACUGUGUGUGGUAAUUUUUGUAAACAACAGAAAACUUGGCGGUUUCCGAAAUAAAGGACCGAUUGCCGGAAAACUUAGGCUUGAAGAAUCAGUGUGAAUGAGAAUAGACAGUUUGCCGUGGAUUGCAGGCUGUUUUGCUGACGUUAACGAACAAAAUUUCGUCAAUUUUCUUGGCAGCUUUUGCAAUCGAAACAAAAGGAUUGCAUAGAGUCACCAUAGCGGCAUCAACUCUGGGAGAAAGCUGAAAUGUGAUCACGGUCGUCAGACAAGUUGGAGGCUUACGUAUUACCACAUCAGAAUCCUCCAGUUUGAGUCAUUUUUGCUGCUGCAGUGACAUAACAAAACGACCUACAGAAACUUGCCCUGAUGACAAAAGAGGCUACUUCGAAAAUUUGUUGCGCUGCAUUUUAUUCCAAUUGUGAGACCACACAUCCAACUCAGGAUUUCCUAAAACACAAAACCCUUUGCCCUGAUUUCUCCAUCAGCAGCUUGUAAACCGGAAAGGAAAUAUAUUUUUGUUUCAACAUCUCAUCCUUAGCACUUGCUGCCGUAUACAUUUUCUGAAACUUGGAAUCCCACACAACUUUCACAAUGGCCAAUUAUGACUGCAUGGAUCGCAGCUUCAGCAGAGGUUUCUACAAAUACGGGAAGCUGAUUGCGCGACAUCCACUAGUGUUCCUGAUCAGUCCAAUCCUGAUCAUGAUUCUUCUCAGCGUCGGAUUGAGCCAGUUCAGUCUUAACGGCAACGUGGAGCUCUUCUUGCCUGAAGACUGUGAAGCCCGGCUGGACGGCGCUUUCACUACGGACCAUUUCCUAAUCGGCACUGAAGGCGGCGAUUUCCUGCCCAACCGGGAAUUGGAACUCUUCAACCGGAGAGGACGGCUCAUCCUCACCGCGUUGGACGGCAAGUCAGCCUUGCGUCAGGACUUUCUGGUCGACUUGCUUAGACUGGACCAGGAAAUCCGCUCCUUCGAGGUCACCCUCAACUACACGGUCUUCACCCACGAGGACGUCUGCCAACGAUUCAUGGGGCAAUGCGUGGACAACGAGAUCCUCAAGUUUUACCGGGGUCGCCUGCAUGAGUUUGAAAACCUCACCCUGACUUACCCUUUGUCCGAAAUCCCCACUGAUUUUGGGUUGACGAUACCUGCAUUUAUCGGUCCCAAUCUUGGCGGGGUGAAGUUAAACAAUGCCAGCGUCGUCCAAGGCGUUCAAGCCAUCCGUUUGUUUUACUCCCUGGGUACCGGCCCGGAUGAGGACGAUUUUGCAGACGCCUGGGAGCGCGAGUUCCUGCAAGUCGUGGAUGACUUCCAGAACGAGACGUCCACGAUGCGCAUCAUGAGGAGCACGUCGAUGACCCUGUCGGCCGAGGUGAACGAGGCAGCCUUCACAGUCCUGCCCCGGUUUGUGGCCACCUUCUGCAUCCUAGUCCUGUUUGCUGUCUGCUCCUGCAUCAUGAGGGAUUGGGUUCUCAGCAAGCCCUGGCUUGGAUUCAUCGGUGUCAUCUCAGCCGCCUUCAGCAUCCUCUCGGCUCUGGGAAUGCUGAGCCUUGUCGGACUAGAAUACAACAACAUCGUGUCUCUUAUGCCAUUCCUAAUCUUAGGCGUGGGUGUGGAUAACAUGUUCGUCAUGGUAGCGGCAUGGCGACAGCUCAGCCUGUAUCUCUCCGUUGAAGAGCGCAUGGGACGCACCUUCUCGGAAGCUGCUGUAUCCAUCACCAUCACCAACGUAACCACGGUGCUGGCCUUCAUCAUCGGAGCCAGUUCCUCCCUGCCUGGCGUCCGGACAUUCUGCAUCUACGCGGGCGUGGCCAUGUUCUUUGUCUACUUCUACCAGAUGACGUUCUUCGGGGCAGCGAUGGCUCUGAUCGGCCAGAGGGAGGCCCAGAAUCUGCACUGCUACACAUGCAAGAAGGUACUUCCCAGGGAAGAGUCACCCAACAAGUUUUACCUUCUGUUCUGCUCUGGAGGUAUCUCAAGGACCAAACACAAAGGCCAUACCAUUGAUCUGGAACACCGCAUCAUGAAGUUCUUCCACCUCUACUACGCGCCAUUCAUCACCAGGUCCUGGGUGAAAGGGGUGGUGCUCGUUUGUUACGUCUUGUACCUAGGGGGCGCUAUUUACGGCUGCACCCAGAUUAAGGAGGGGCUGACUCUGAAGAACCUAGCCCUGGACGACUCGCCAACGUUUCACUACUAUGACUUGGAGGACACAAAAUUCCGCGAGGUUGGGCCAGCCGUGAGCGUGAUCUUAAAGGAUGAACUGGCAUAUUGGGAUCCUGCUGUCCGGGGGCAGAUUGAGAAUUUGACGCAGAAAUUCGAGAAAAGCUACUACGCGUUUGGAAAGGAGAUUACGCAGUCCUGGGUGCGAGAUUUCAGCCGUUACUGGGGGGCAAUCGAGUUGGUCUGGCCGGACAAAGCCAAGCCGGGAAAGGAGGCAUUCAUGGAAGUCUUGACACAGGACUUCCUGAUGGAUCCACGCUACCAGAUGUAUCAAUUGGACAUUGACUUCAUUCAGGACAACGAAACGGGGGAAAGAACCAUCAGAACGUCGCGUUUUCUUGUACAGACAAGGAACCUGUUAACGUAUGUGGACGAGUCCAAAAUGAUGUUGGGAAUGAGGAAGAUUGCGGAAGAAUCGGCCCUGGAUGUGAUCGUCUAUCAUCCAGCUUUUGUUCUGUAUGAGAGCCAAGUCGGCAUCAUCCCUAACCUUCUACAGACAUUGGGGAUUGCGCUCGCCUGUAUGUUCUUGGUCGCGGUCAUCAUGAUCCCGCAUCCCGUCUGCGCAGUCUGGGUUACCCUUUGCGUAAUCUCCAUCGACGCUGCUGUGAUGGGUUACAUGGCACUCUGGGACGUCAACGUCGAUCCCAUUUCCAUGGUAAACAUCAUCCUUUGCAUAGGUUUCAGUGUGGACUUCUCGGCGCACGUCACCUACGCUUUUGUCGUGGCGCCCAAGGAGGACCCCAACAGUCGAGCAGGGUAUGCUCUCCAUGCCUUGGGCAUGGCCAUCCUCCAAGGCGCUCUCUCAUCCAUCAUAGCAAUCUCUGCCCUCUCCACUGCGCCCGUCUACAUCUUCAGAAUUUUCUUCAAGACGUUGUUCCUCGUUAUGGUCUUUGGGGCUCUGCACGGGCUGGUCUUCCUCCCUGUGAUCUUGACAUUCAUGGGAAGAUGCAUGCCCCACCGUGCCCCCAAGGAGGAGAAAGACAAAGAUGCAGUUGCCAAGCAACAAACUUCCAAGUUAUUGCACAACAUCCCGCUGAAGCCUAGACCUGGUGAGCAAGACAAAAUGGUCAUUGAUUUGCAUAUCACAACAGUAUAGCAGAACUUCCCAUUUCCCCAAUAUAAUUUCCAUACAGGUAUAUUGUAAAUGUGCAGUAUUUUUGUGUGAAUGUAAGCAUCAUCAUAUUUUUGUUUUUUUAAAUUAAGCAUGAUGUAAGCUUUACAUGCAUGAGAUAUUUUCAGAUCCGUGCUUGCUAUUUUUACCAUAUAUUCAUUUCAUCUUGUUUUAAAGUGUGAGAUGAUACUUGAAUCUGUUGACUAGUUCAGGUUGUACAAUGUCAGUAUUUUUUUAUAUCACAACACACAAAUGGCAUAAUUGACCUAUCGCGGCAGAAUCGCGUCAACGCAGCUUGUGAAAUAUUGUCUAAUUACAUGAUAUAUACAAAUGGACGCGGAACGCGCAAAAUCUGAGACAAACAAAAGUUUUGAAUGGUGUACAGUUAGUGUUAGUGUCUAAGGGGCGUGGCUAACUUGCAAACGGCGAUAGGUCAAUUCACAAUCCCUCUGGAAAUAAGAAUUUUGGAAAGCAGUAUUAUGCAGUCAACUCUCGUUAAUACAGACACUUUCUGCUACAAAUUCUGGUUUUAACAAACAUAAAGCCUUGGUCCCAACUGUGCAUCUAUGUGUACAGUGAAUAUAUCGGACCAGUACUCCACUUAAUACAACAUUUGGCUAGGCCUGGCUGAGUUUGUAUCAACGAGAGUCGACUGUACAGGUAGUGUACAUAUUUCAGAUAUGAUUGUUGUCCUUAAUGUUCACAGUUUUAAUGUGCUUUUAAUGAAAACAACUCUCUGUUGAAUAUGCUACAUGUGUUUUGAGUUCGGAUGUUUCAUUUGAUGAGAUCGUUGGUCGCACCACGAAGUGACGUAUCGUGUGCACAAAGUCCGUAGAUGAUACGUCACUUCGUGGUGCACCCGACGAAAUGAACAUUGUAUUUGUACUUGCCAUGUUCAUGUACAGCUACAGUAGGGGGCUGUGAUUUCUGUUAGUUCUUACAGUUUGCCCUUUUGGGGUUCAAAUUUACAUUUUGCUUUAAGUUUGAUUUUCUUUUUAACAAGUUUUCUGUGAGCUUGCAACCCUUUUCGUUUUUUUGUGCAUGAUACAAGAGUGUUGGUGAUGGUUUCUUAGUUGGUGAAGUAAUUACGUUUUUAAACUCCUUUUACUUGUUCAAAGCAAAGCAUUCACCCCAUGUACACACAUUUCAAGUCAUUGCAUGAAAACAAAAAAAAUCUUUCUUAUCCAGUUCCAAACCCAAAACUCCAGUCAAUAAUAAAUCAUUGUAUUUUUCUUUCUUUCUGUCUUUUAUUUCUUUCCUGCAACCGAAAAGCUGCUCAACCAGUGAUCGCUUAGAAAAUGCCGGAAUCGAAAAAGGGAAAAUUUGUCUGUUCUAAGAAGAACAUUGUUUGAAAGAUUUGUUUUACAAACACAUGUACAUGUCUAAUAGAGAGACACAAGGGUAUAGUGUAUACAUGUACAUGUAUAAGACAGUAUUUAAAUCAGGUUAUAAGAACACACAGGCAUUCCUAUUUAUAUCCAGUCAUUAUAGGCAAUAGAGUCACCCGUGUAGAGUUUCAUUACAGGUCGAAAGUUACUGGCAUACCACAGCAUUGGAGCCUUUCCAGUUUCGCACAAAAUUUAGACUCUGAUGAUUAAAAAAAAAAAUAGAAAUUACUGUCGAAACCAAACAGGGAUUUGUUAAUUAAUAGAAACUGAUUUGUCAUUAGUCCUCAUAUUUAGGAAAAAAAAUCAUAACGCUUUCGUGUAGCAACGAAAAAUAUUGGUAAUUUUGGUGUAGUAUACCUGUCACAGCAUUUUUGGUAUGACUAUUUCAGCAACCAUCUUAAGGUAAAAUCAACCCUUGCAUUACAUGCACACACAUUUCAUCAUAACAUUUUGGUUUGACACCUUGAAAAAAAAAGUACAUCGGACGGACACAAAGUCCGUCCAGUUCAUGGGGAGUGCCCGAUCUCGUACCGCAGUGUCUAGCUCGUCAAAGUCUGUCACGAUUAGCCUACAUUUGUACACCAAAAUCUGUUGACAAGGGCAAAAGAACAAAAGAAAACUAGAUACAAAGUCCAUACAGUCAGCUGUUUUUUGGGCUGAUAGGAAGGUAUUGCUUGCGGUUAAGAAACUUUAUUUAGAAUAUAGAUAAUAUAGAGAUGAUUUCUCAGAUAGUAUUGUGAGUUGCUGAAAACAAUUGUUGACUUAAGUUGUGGUAAAAUGGCCAAAAACCGCAAACCUCAUGCACUAUAAGAAAAAAGGAGGGAAAGAAUUAGACACAAAUAUGCAGCUUUAACAUAGAUAGAAUGCCAGCUUCAAAAGAGUUUAAUUCAAAAUGUUUUUAAAAAAACCUAUAUGAAUAUUUAGAAUUUCUAUUUUUGAGGAUUUUGAAUUUGUGAGUUUUGACAUGUUUACAGAAGCAAAUAUAUGUGUUUUAAGAUAUCUACAUCAGCUUGUUACUGGUUGAGAACAAGGGCGGAUCCAGAACCACAUUUUGGGGAGGGGGGGGGGCAAAAGGGUUCGAUUAUUUCUUUUCAAAAAGGGGAAGGGGUUAAGUAUGUGUCAUCGUACGCUAUUUCCACAUUGUGAUAUUAAAACGUAAAAGGUAUUUGCAGCUGAUGGCUUGCGAGGGAGAUACGGUAUUCAACAUUUUAGUUUAUUUCCUGAAAAUUUAAGACAAAAAGAUGUCUUCAUUCCUCCGAUUAAAAA